GUCGCGCGCCGGCCUCUGUCACGGUAGGAUGUGUAUAUUUAUGUUUCCGCGAUGAUAAUGAUUCACAUAUCACACACGGAGGUUAUGUUAUUUACGCAUGUCGCGAGAACAACGCAUGUCUUUACGCGUCGGUAUUCCUGAAGAUUAACGCUCUCGAACGAAUGCCUCUACACUCCUCGAGACGCCAUCGCAACGAUAUCCAAAGGGUUUUACGAGGGUUUUUCAUCACUGGAGAUUGCCUGACGUGUGCGACAGUCGCGAUGAAAAACGUGGUAAAUGCAUAGGACCUGUUCAACACAUAAUUUGUGCGGUAGUGUUUGUGCGAAGGGCCACCGAGAGGCCGAAGCAGGGGGCUUCCGAGAUGAGCUAUGAAUCUGGGCUGCCUGGUAGCCUCUAUCUUUGUUUUUCAGCUGCUUCAGCUGCCAUCAGUGCUCAACGCGCUACCUUCGGUCGUCAAAAUAGGUGCUAUAUUCACUCAUGACCAAAAGGAUAGCAGCACGGAGCUGGCCUUCAAGUACGCCGUUUACAAGAUCAACAAGGACAAAAUUAUCCUGCCAAAGACCACGUUGGAAUACGAUAUCCAGUACGUGCCAAAAGAUGAUUCCUUUCACGCAUCGAAAAAGGCAUGUCAGCAGGUUAAGCACGGUGUUCAGGCAGUCUUCGGACCUUCGGACCCGAUUCUGGGCCAGCACAUUCAUAGUAUCUGCGACGCCCUCGAUAUUCCACAUCUCGAGGCCAGGCUGGACCUGGAGACGGAAGCGAAAGAAUUCAGCAUUAAUCUUUAUCCCGCACAAAGUCUGCUCAAUGCUGCUUAUCAGGACAUCAUGGAGUUCCUCAAUUGGACCAAGGUGGCGAUUAUCUACGAAGACGACUAUGGAUUGGUGAAAUUUCGGGAGCUGGUGAGAUCACCGAAAAUCCGUGACAUUGAAGUCAAUCUGCGUCAGGCAGACCCGGACUCGUACAGACAAGUUCUUUCCGAAAUGAAGAGCAAGGAAAUUCGAAAUCUCAUCGUGGACACAAAACCUAAGCACAUGCAUCAUUUUCUACGAAUGAUCCUGCAGCUGCAGAUGAAUGAUUACAAGUACCACUACCUCUUCACGACUUUCGAUAUCGAAACCUUCGACCUCGAGGACUUCAAGUACAAUUUUGUCAAUAUCACUGCCUUUCGUUUGGUCGACGCGGACGACGUCGGCGUACGUAGCAUCCUGAGGGACAUGGAACGCUAUCAGCCAGCGGGAAACACGAUCCUCAAUAAAUCAAGGAUCAUCCAGGCCGAACCAGCGUUAAUGUACGAUAGUGUACAGGUGUUCGCGGUAGGAUUACGUACUCUGGAGCAAUCCCAUGCUUUAAGGCCCGCCAAUAUUUCCUGCGAGCUCGAGCACCCCUGGGACGGCGGCUUGUCUCUCACCAACUAUAUCAACUCGGUGGAGAUGAAAGGGCUCUCCGGACCUAUUGAAUUUAAAGAAGGCCGCAGAAUUCAGUUUAAAUUGGAUCUGUUGAAACUGAAACAACACUCGCUCGUCAAGGUCGGUGAGUGGCGUCCCGGCGCCGGCGUCAACGUCACAGACACUGCGGCCUUUUUCGAGCCUAGCAUUGGAAACGUAACGUUGAUCGUGAUCACUAUACUGGAGACGCCGUACGUGAUGAUGCACCACGGAAAGAACUACACCGGAAAUUCGCGGUUUUAUGGCUUUUGCGUGGAUCUCCUAGCGGCGGUGGCGAGGGAGGUGGGUUUCUCGUACCGAUUGGAGCUGGUGCCGGACAGGAAGUACGGCGCGCGAGAUCCGGAGACUGGCGAGUGGAACGGCAUCGUCCGGGAGCUCAUGCGACAUGAGCAGCCGUAUGUAAUGCUGAAGAGUGGGGAGAAUUUCAGCGGAAACGCGCGUUACGAGGGCUUCUGCAUCGACCUGCUGAAGGAGAUAGCGCACAUGGUGGGCUUCACCUACAGGAUCGAGCUCGUGCCGGAUGGCAAGUAUGGCGCUUAUGAUUACGAGACCGGCGAAUGGAACGGAAUAGUUCGCCAGCUGAUGGAUAAGAAGGCUGAUCUCGCCGUCGGCUCAAUGACGAUCAACUACGCGCGCGAGAGCGUGAUCGACUUCACGAAGCCGUUCAUGAAUUUGGGCAUCUCGAUCCUCUUCAAGGUACCGACCAGCCAUCAGGCACGACUGUUUUCCUUCAUGAAUCCAUUAGCGAUUGAGAUCUGGCUGUACGUUCUGGCAGCGUAUGUUCUAGUGUCAGUGACGAUGUUUGUCGUGGCGCGAUUUAGCCCCUACGAAUGGAACAAUCCCCAUCCGUGUCACGCCGGGCCAGAAAUUGUCGAGAACCAGUUCUCUUUAUCGAAUAGCUUCUGGUUCACCAUCGGAACCCUCAUGCAGCAGGGCAGCGAUUUAAAUCCCAAGGCUACGAGCACGCGUAUCGUGGGUGGCAUAUGGUGGUUCUUUACUCUGAUCAUCAUUUCGUCGUACACUGCAAAUCUAGCGGCUUUCCUCACGGUGGAAAGAAUGAUCACGCCGAUAGAGAACGCUGAAGAUCUCGCUAGUCAGACGGACAUCGCAUAUGGAACUCUCGAUAGCGGUAGUACGAUGACUUUCUUCAGAGACUCAAUGAUCGAGACAUAUAAAAAAAUGUGGCGAUUUAUGGAAAACAAGAAACCAUCGGUAUUCGUUCCCACUUAUGAAGAAGGUAUCCAACGGGUUCUUCAAGGCGAUUAUGCCUUUCUGAUGGAAUCGACCAUGUUGGAUUACAUUGUCCAGAGGGACUGCAAUCUUACGCAAAUUGGCGGUCUAUUAGACACUAAGGGAUAUGGAAUCGCUACGCCCAUGGGUUCACCUUGGCGGGACAAGAUAUCUCUAGCAAUUCUGGAAUUGCAAGAGAAAGGUGAAAUUCAGAUCCUGUAUGACAAAUGGUGGAAGAGUCUCGGAGAUACUUGCAUGAAGACGGAAAAGGGAAAGGAGAAUAAAGCCAACUCUCUAGGCGUCGACAACAUAGGAGGAGUUUUCGUGGUCUUACUGUGCGGCUUAGCAUUCGCCGUGUUGAUAGCGAUUUUCGAGUUCUGCUACAAUUCCAGGAAGAAUGCACCAGCGGAACGGCAAAGGCAUCCGGUCCCUCCGACAUCCAUCUCCGGCUCUCUUCAGGGAAUUUCUCAGGCUGUGCAACAACAACAGCAGCAGCAGCAGCAGCAGCAGCAACAGCAGCAGCAACAACAAUGCCAACAGCAACAUCAGCAGCAACAACCGAAUCAACAAGAAUCACUCUGCUCGGAGAUGGCACGCGAGCUCUGUCGCGCCUUACGUUGCCGCGCGUCGUCUCGACGACGGCGUACUUGUGACAAAUGUUCUACGCACGUAAUCGGCUAUUCGCCGGACAAUCCCACUGCCACCCCCGUAAAUGGGAUGAGAUCCCAGAGAAGCAGCCUGGCCGUACCUGUAGUCGAAUUGCCUCCACACAUCCAUAUGCAUCAUCACGCACCACCGCGCGACUAUGAAGGCAAUUAGAGGGGCGUUAUUAGCAAGACGAACCAGAACAUUAUAAUUAUAACCAGGAAUCAGUACAAAGCGUAUCGCGUAUCGCGAAAAGCAAUUUCGAUCGAUCUGUUGUUAGAUUUCCGUCGAGAGUGUCGGAAUUCACCCGCGCAUAUAGACAAUUUGCACAAUAUUAAUAAAAAUUUUCAUCGUUCGACGUUCGCGAUUACGAAGAAAGAGCUUAAACGUAUUUAUAAAGCAACGCGUGCGCCGCUUUUCCGCACAUUUGAUAAAUCCGUCGAGAUAUCGACGCGCUAUAUACUGACUUAAUUGCUAAAGUGGUACAACGUGGUUCUAAAGUGGUUUUUCUCGUAGCCGCGAGUUUUGUAUGAUUAAUCAAUCCACAGGACAGUAUAAUCGUACUGAGGCAAAGCGUACGCCGCUUUAUUCGCCACUUUAGGAAGUAUUCAAAUACGUUGAGGUAGCGUGAUUUAACAGGAAUACCGAAGAAAAAUCUUAAAUUAAAAAGUUACGACCAGCUCGCAUGCAUAUUAAUUCUCGGCCUUACCAAAGAAAAUUUUCUUCGAUAUGAUGCGAUUAAGAUCGAUAUUAUCAAGAUAUCGACCAAUUAAGUACUUAAGAAAUUAAGUUAUGCUAUUUCAUAAUGAUCUUUUAAUGUAUCAUAAGUGAACACUUUAUGUAAAUGGACCAUUUUUGUCUCCUCCAAAAAUUUAAUUUUAUUAAAUUAAUUCACUUAUUAAAUUAUAUCGAAAUUAUUACAUGCCGAGAUUCUAUACGAAUAUGUAAGUGCAACUUAUGAAAAAAUUUACAAUGUACAAAAUGACGAAGAAUAUCUUUUUUUAUAUUCCUCUUCUGCUCUGUUCUUUCUAGAAAGAAGGUAAAGUUUAUUUAAUGAAAUAGCUUUCCCUGAGAUCUUUUAUCUUCAUCUAGGAAUUCUUAUCAGGAGUGUUCAAUUGUCGCGGAAUGAUCACCGCGAGAUAAGAAUUCACAGCACUCUCACAUCCCAAUUCUAAUUUAACUGACAUCAGUUCGAUUAAGAGAGUAAUACGUUGAACGACAGACGAAGAAUCCUUCCGUUCUACGAAGAAUUAGGUCAUCCGAUUUAUCUACGAUAACGAUCAUCGAUAUCUUUAACUUCGAGCACGUUUAUGCUACUCUCACGUGAGUUUUAAGGUUCAAUCCAUGAACCACAAAACAAUGUUUGAACACGCUCUGUAAAUGCGUUCACUUUUUAUGAGAGGCUGCCUAAAUUGUAAGGUAUACGCAAAAUAUUCUGUAAAUAUCAAAGAAAGCAACAAUCAGAUUCGUAAUGGAACUAUUUUAUGCAAAAGUGGCUGAGAGUGAGUAAUCAUUAGCUAAUCGAGUACAACUUAGACGUUCGGUGUCAUGUAAUGUGUGCUGUAAUAUGUUGAUAGUCGGCGAAUAAAUGUACGAUGAGAGGAA